AUGGAGGAGUUUGACGCAGGCAAAGAGGAGUCGGGGGAAGACUACGACGAGAAUGCCGAUGAAGACUUCAAUCCAGAAGAUGAAGCCGCUAAGGGCAGCGACAAUUCAUCCUCAUCAGAGGACGAGCCAGACGCAGAAGUCAAGCCAACCAAACGAGCUGCGAAACGCAAAUCUCAGACAGCACAAGAUGACUUAGACUCCGGCGACGAGGCAACGAUAAAGGAGCGCAAAUCAAAGAAGCGAAGAAAAAAUGCUGCAGAUGACGAGGAGAGCGGAGGCGAGGGAGGAUUCAUAAGAACAAGAGCGCAAAGACUUGUCGAAAAAGAAGAACGCCGGAACCGCAAAAGAGGGGCCAGGGAAGGCGCCGUUACCAUCGAUGUGGACAAAAUAUGGGCAGACCUCAGCAGCAUUCCUGUCAAUCGAACCGUUGUUGCUCCUCCCCAAGACGAUGCAGAGCAUAUGGAGGUGGAUGCGGAACAUGAAAAGGAGAAUGCGCAUUCCACGAACGCGAACGACGUAAUCACCAUCAAACGAAAGGUCAAGUUUGCAGGAGAAUUGAGAGAGAUCGAAGAGCAGGUCUCCCGAAGCUCAAAGGAGGCCAGGAAAUACUUGGCCGAUCAUCCAGAGGCAGAUCCAGAUCACCAAGCUCACGGGGUUGACUUAAACGGCCUGCAAAGGCCCCUCAAAAGGCCGUCGAUGUUUGAGCCAAAUCCUUCAGGUCUUGUCAAGGGCGUUCCACCAGAGAAGUUACGGCCUCGCGCGCCGACUAGACUGGAUGUUCUAAUGGCACAGAAGAGAGCAGAGGCAAAGGCAAGCGGCAAAAUGAGUACUGUGCAGAUGAGUCAACAUGACUGGAAAGCAUAUGUUGCACAAAGCGGAUAUCAGGAAGAACUGGAGAAGUAUGAGAAAAGCGACGCGCGAUUCCUGGCCAAGGAGGCUUUCUUGGAUCGCGCGGCAGGUGCAAGAGAGCAAGCUGCCAGAGAUGCUAGAAUGCGGUUGUAGCGUUCUACCGGAGCACAAGAAGGGCGCAUGGGAACUCCCUUUCCAGAUUCAGCGCAUGAAUAUUCAUGAUACCCGGCCGUACGGCCACAGCAGCAGCAUUGAUUUUAUAAAAGAAGAUAUUUCU